CCCUUGCAAAUGUAACUCUGCUUGCACACUUGUGGAAGAACGUUCCAUGUCGAAUCCGGUGCUUUGAAAAUUUAAGGUUUUUAACAGUCCUAAGUUGUCACAGCUUGCAAUACCUGUUCUCCUACUCAGUGGCCAGGCAACUUGUGGGUCUUGAAGAAUUAAAAAUCUCUUAUUGCAGGACUAUGAAAACCAUAGUCGCACUUCAGUAUAAAGAAGAGAUAGGGUCCACAAGGAUCUUGUUUCCCAAAAUGAGUCUUAGACUACAAGACCUGUCAAGCCUUGUGAGCCUCAGUGAUGGUCCCAAGACUUUUAGCGACGAUGCUGAUAAUACUUUUGUAUGGCCAUCCACAAGAGUAAUGCACCUGAGAAGAUGUCCCAAAUUGGAGACAUUGGGUUCAUUGAUUCCACGAAAACAAAAACAAAGAAAGAAUAUUCCACAAAUCCAAAAGUUGGAUGCAGGUCCUAGUGAACACACUUCACAAAAAAAGAAUAGUCCACAACCAUCAGUUUCCCCACCAUUCUGGUCCAGUGAACACACUUCCAAAAAAGAGGUUACACCGUCGACAACUAUUAAUGAGUCGGAUGACAGUGAUAAUCUAGAAUGUCUUGAAAUGGAAGACUGCGAGUCACUGCAAGUGAUAUUCCAACCUAAAGAAAGCAAUUAUGCACACAAAUUUACCAAGAUCAAACGAUUGGUAUUGAAAGCUAUGCCAAUGUUAAUUGACAUAUGGGAAAUGGGUUCACAACAAAUCGACGGCUUUCGGAACUUGAGAUGGCUAGAAGUACAUGGUUGUGCGCAAAUGAAAUAUUUGUUUUCACCUUCCAUAGUUAAACUUCUUAUCAGCCUAGAGCAGAUAAAAGUUAUAGACUGUUGGAUGAUGGAAGAAAUUGUUGCAGAGACAGAAGCAGAACAUGCAGAGGAAAUGGAACUUCCUUUAGUGAAUUCCAUCAUGCUUCGUAAUCUACCAAACUUCAAGCGUGUGUGCACUGAAGCUUAUACUUUAAAGUGCCCAUCCCUGGCAGUGGCGGAAUUGGUUUACAUUGAAUGCAAUCCAAAACUGAAAAUAAAAAUUGAUCUCGGGGUUCUACGCACAGUUCCUGCAGAGAAUGCAUCUGUCUGGAAGCAAAGGUAUUAACCAGAGAGGAGAUUAAGAUACCAGUGAGAGAGAAUGAGAGUGGUGGUUACCAACAAAGAGAACAGUUAGGAAGGUGGAUGGUGAUUUUCUCACACACACUGUCAAGGUGGCAUGGGAGUUCGAACUUGAGAUCACUGGUUUGCAAGUCAAUGCCCUUUUCCACCGGACUUGACCCAUGUUGGAUAAUGACAAUUAAUGUUUAUGUUGCUAUCUCUACCGCACAUUCAUUCUAGGUUGCUGAUAAAGUUAACACCUCAAUCCUUCAACAAGAUGGCUAAUGCAGACAGAGGAAGGAACAAUUUUUCUCACCUGGCAACAAAUCACUUUCUAAGUAUUGUU